AUAUCAACAGAUGACGACAGUUUAUUUUUAUUUCAUAAAGUUACCCCUGCCCAGUAUUUAAAAACUUUUAAAAAACACUAGUAUUUGAAUGCAGUAUGUGUUUCAUUUUGUGUAAAGCUAUCUUACCGAUCUACCUUUUAAUUUUGACUCUUUUUUUUUCAGACCCAGUGAGUGAUACGCUGCUAAAGGAAAGCAAACCUCAGACUUGGGGUUCCUUUGGACCUGGAGUGCAGAAAGGCAGUGGUCAGAUACAGCUAUGGCAAUUUCUCCUCGAGUUACUUUCUGACCGAUCCAACAUGAAUUGCAUAACCUGGGAGGGAACAAAUGGAGAGUUUAAACUAAUUGACCCUGAUGAGGUGGCCAGAAGAUGGGGGGAGAGGAAGAGCAAACCAAAUAUGAACUAUGACAAGCUCAGCCGAGCCUUGCGUUACUACUAUGACAAGAACAUUAUGACAAAAGUCCACGGGAAGCGCUAUGCUUACAAGUUUGACUUUCAUGGCCUGGCACAGGUGUGCCAGCCUUCCACCGCUGAUCAUUCUCUAUACAAAUUUCAAGGAAACUUGUCCCCUCUACCAUUUUCAGGAAUUUCCAAGCUGAACCUUAUGACAUCUGGUGUAUCUCCUUCAGGAUUCUCCUACUGGCCUGCAUCUACUCAUACGCUGUAUCCCAGCCACAGCUUACAACCCCCAAACCCAUUUGGUUCUGUCACAGCAUCUCAUCUCAGCACUAUAAGUAAUAUCAGUAACAUUAACAACAUCAGUAAUCAUUACCAUUAAAGUAAAAUGACAUUUGAGUUGAGUGAUGCAGUUUUUCACUGAUCUGUUCCAGGCACUGAUGUAUAUAUGCAUUUUUUCCUGGAAGGAAAUUAGUAAAAGGAAAACUAUUAUCUUUUUUUCAGUACUGAUAAAGGUCUAACAAUGCAUCCAUGCACUUAAUGUAUUGAAUGUAUUGUGAGUGCAUGAAAGGCAAGGCAGAAAACUGAACUAUAUACAGUUGUCAUUUAUGUUUUAGCAUAUUACUGCCUUCUUUUUAUUGACAUUAUACCCAUAAUUCAUCUGAAACCCAAGAAUGAGGAAAUGGAGGGAGAAGUACCUUUAAGCUCAUGUGGAUCCUUACCACAUAAGAGUAAAGGCAUGAAUUACUAUAACAUUGUUAAACUUAAAGCUUGACUUGUAAUAUGUUGUUUCAGAAAGAUCUAGAAAGUUGCUUUUCCACCAUACUUUGUAAGAUGUUUAUCAUUUGGUAACUCCUAUGUAAUUUCGGCUUCAUAUGUAUGUGGAAGGCAAUUUUAAGAUAGAGAGAAGAUUACAGGUGUAUGCCUCCAGUAUAUUUAAUGUUCAUGGAUGCCACUGCUUUGGACUCUCAAUUUUGUUUUGCAUUUUGUAAAAUUUGUGAUUUUGACACGAAACAGUAAAGAUUAAAGUCAUUAAAUAAUGACAUAUACUACACUUGCAGACUUGUUAUACUUCAGAAACCGUAUACAAUGAAAGCUUUCCUAAGGCAGCAUGGUGGUAUAAUAGCUAACACUCCUUCCUUAUUGUAUUUUAUUCCCUGUUUCAGUUUUCAGCCCGAGUGCCUUUUUAUAGAGU